GGUACAACUAUGUACCUACAACCAACAAACACGUCGAAAAAAAAGGUGAUACAAUGCUUAAUCAAAACUUUCUGAUAAUUUGUAAUGGAAAAUAAAUUCUAGUUUUUGGCAUCAGAAAAGAGCACAACGUCACAUGUUGUCAAAAUAAAUAAGUUGACAAAAAUAUCAAGAUGGGAAAUUAAGUAAAUAAUGAUUGAUUAGGCUUGCGUAUUACAUCAAAACGGCCCUGCUGUAAAAAUUUAUAAGUAUAAGAAAUGGUAAAAUUUCAAUGAUGGAUUUAGACGAAGCAAUCACCGUUACCAAGUUAAUAGUACAAGGUGAUCCUUGUUAUCUAAUGGUUGGGUGGCAGUCUGAUUCAUUUGAAGUUUAUCUGUUCAACAAAGAAAAGCUAUGGAAGGGACGGUUUUCGCCAAAUCGACUGGUGGGUUUCAGCAAGAACUUACACAUGUCGGAAGUUGCAUACUUUGCUAAUGUAAAAAGAAGUUUAUCUCAGUCGAGAGAAGACUAUAUUUACGAACUUAAAAGUGGAUUUUUCUAUUGGAAACGAAAGAUUAAAGGAUCAGUAAUAAUAGAAGGAUUUCUACCGAUGGAACUUGAUCCUACUCCGAAACAUGCACAUCCAGAUCUCAUAGAAGUUCUUGUCGCAUUAAAUAAACACAUGAAACAAAAAGUACACAAUCUCAAAUCUAGUUUUCAAAGUAUCAAGUCAGAUUAUCAAAAGUGCUUGAGAGACACUGAAGAAUUUUUGAACUUAAAAAUCGAAAUGGAAAAGGCACUCUGCGAUAAGUUUCUAAGCUUACUAAGUGUGAAAAGAUCUAAAGUAAACUCUUUGAAACUGAACAGAGCAUACCUAAAGGAUCAAGAAAUGUUGGAUCUUCAUUAGUUGUAAAUCGCUAUGCCAACGUUGCCUGUGAUUGUGACUACAGUUAUUGUGCCUGUACUCUUCCUUGAUAGUGCUGUCAAAAAUCGCUUGUUGGCGCCAAAAUAAAAUCUCGAAAAGAAAGUUAAGAAAAAUCUUUCCUCGGUUCAGAAAAUAUCAGUUACGUAUUUUAAAUAUUAUCUACCGGUAACUUAAAUAUGACCUGAGUGAGGAUCGCCGCUGAUGGGAGUAUUUCGAGCUGUUGCAAACUAGAAAAUGGGCAACAUUCAGAAAUAGAAUGAAGCGAUAAAACCAAACUAUCAGAAGUAUAUGGGACACAAUAUUUGGUGAAAUUUAAAAUUUAUGA